UUACCCUGGAACAGUCAGUCGAGUUCGGAGCACGGAGCGAGCGGGAUCACACGUGGAUUGUACAGUGCCAGUGGGAUAGUUAAGGAAAAUUUCCACACAAUGUGGAUCGCAGUGCUGGGCAUUUGGGUGGUCGUGUUUGGAAUUUUCCAGUAUCUGAAAUUAGUGCAGAAGAAUGCAUUUGCUAAACAUUUACCGUUGCUGAAUGCAAGUUAUCCCAUCGUUGGAAAUGGACUCAUGUUUAUCGGAAAACCAGAACACGAAAAGUUUCAGAACUUUCGGAAAUUGACUAGCAUCGAUUACCCGCUGUCAAGGUUCUACCUGGGUCCGCGAGUCAUGGUCGGAACGACCGAACCAGAAAUAGCUCAACAAAUUCUCACCGACCCGGUCUGGAUGGAUAAACCGUUUAUCUACGAGUUUUUCGAGCUUCCUUACGGAUUACUAACGGCCAAAUAUGACAUCUGGAAGAACCAUCGGAAGGCGCUGAGUCCGGCGUUCAACAUGAAGAUUCUGCAAAGUUUUAUCCCAACAUUCAAGCACUUUUCGCAAAAACUGGUGGACCGAUUGGCCGUCCAUCCCGCGGGGACGACAAUUGACAUCGAUACCGAUGUGACCACAUGCUCGCUGGAGAUUGUGCUGCAGACCACGUUCGGAUACGAUGCUUCAAAGCUUACCGAAUGCAAGGAAAUUGGCUCGAGUAUUGAACGAUAUUUUCACUUCAUUUCGAGGCGUGUAAUGAACGUGCAUCACUACAGCGACUUUAUCUAUAGCUGGACUGAGGAUUACAAGCAAUCACAGUCUCUGCGUGUGUAUCUGGAAAAUUGGGCCAAAUUCUUGCUGAACGAAGUGGCUCAUCGUUACGCCGAGCGAUCGACGAAACCAAUAGAAAACGACGAUGUUAGAAAGCCGAAAAUUUUCGUCGAUGAGUUGUACACCAACAAGAUGAUCAAAUUCUCUGACGAGGAGCUGGUACAUCAAGCGUUCACGAUGGUCGGCGCCGGAACGGACACGUCCUCUAAUUCGGUGGCCUUUACGCUGCUUUCGUUGGGGAUGUACCCCGAAGUGCAGCAAAAGGUUUACGAGGAGGUGAUGCGGGUCUAUCCGACGGACGAGUCGGAGUUUACGCCGGAAUCGCUGAAGCAGCUCGAGUACAUGGAGAUGGUCAUCAAGGAAACGCUGCGGCUGUUCCCCGUUGGACCGUUGAUUCUGCGUCAGAGUGUGGCCGAUUCCACGAUUGCGGGACUGUUUAUACCGAAGGGGAACAUAUUUGGAAUUGAUAUCUUUAACAUGCAUCGCCGAAAGGACAUUUACGGCGAGGACGCGGACAAUUUUAAUCCGGAACGGUUUUCGCCUGAACGAAGCAAGGACCGGAAUCCUUUCUCGUUUUUGGCCUUUUCUGGCGGUGCGAGGGGAUGCAUUGGAAUUCGAUACGCGAUGAUGAGUAUGAAAAUAAUGGUGGCCUACAUGGUGAAAAACUUUGUCAUCAAAUCAAAACUCAAGAACGAAGAUUUGCGGUUCAAGUUCGACAUCAUACUGCGGGUGCAGAACGGAUAUUUGGUACAAUUGGAAAAGCGGCCCAAAACGCAUUGAACAGGAAAGUAAAGGUGCUUUCAACAGAAACAAGGAUGUGAUAACAAGAAAAUUUGCAACCUAUACGAGUGAAUUAGAUUGUAUUUUGUGCUUUUGAAGAAUAAUUAUGUUAUUACGAUUAUUAAUAAAAUUGACCGCUGCAUAACCCACAAUUUUAA